AUGGAAGACCCAAAUACUGCUGGCAUUGGCUCUAUUGAUGUCGACCUUGAUAACCAAGAGAUACUACUAGCAGCGUCGCAGCAUGACGUCCCGAAGCUGCGCGAGCUGAUCCGUUCUAACCAGAAAGAAGAGAACCCCGCCAAUGUGAAAGAUCCGGAGACUGGGUAUAGCCCUCUACACGCGGCUAUUGCAGCAUGUGAGCCUGAAACGGACAAUGUUACAAAUGGUGAUACUACUGAGCCUGCGACACAUGAGCAAGAGAGCAGUCCUGAAACCGUGGAUGGAGGGGUAAAGACGGUUAAAUUUUUACUGCAAGAAGGAGCUAUAUGGAACGAUUUAGAUGCAAAUGACGAUACUCCUGGGUGUUUGGCGCGACGAUUGGGGCUACAGGAGCUGUAUCAGUUGAUGGUUGAUGCCGGCGUGCGUGCUGAGUUGCUCUUGAACCGACUUGAGGGGUAUGAGCAAUUGGAGGACGAAGAAGAUGAGGGUGAAGAGAAUGUGGUCAACACUACUACGGAGGAAGAAGCCACUGAAACAGAGAAAACAGAAGUAGAAGCAACGACAUGGUGCCCGGAGACCACUACCGGCGAAACAGAAGAACACAAUGUUCAAGAUCCAAGUGUUAGCAACGAUAAUUACUUGAGCUCUGGCCUGACGUUCCAGGAGAGCCGACUGCUUGACGCAGACAAGAACGGAGUGAUGAUGGCGUGGGAAACCGAUAUAAUGGAGAAAUCAGCCAAGGGACUCCUCCCUAAGCCUGGUCUGAAAGUGCUGAAUAUCGGUCAUGGCAUGGGUAUCGUGGACGGCGUCAUCCAAAGUCUAGAACCCAGCGCCCACCAUAUCAUCGAGGCGCACCCGGCAGUUAUCGCAGACAUGAAAAGCAAGGGAUGGCAUGAAAAGACAGGGGUCACGAUACACGAAGGUAAAUGGCAGGAUAUCCUACCGAAGUUGGCCGCAGACGGGGUGAUGUUUGAUGCCAUCUACUACGACACAUUCGCCGAGUCCUACGCGGACUUCCGUGACUUCGCCUCCGAGCAUGUUAUCGCGCUUCUCGAGCCCGAGGGACGAUGGAGUUUCUUUAAUGGUAUGGGGGCCGAUAGACAGAUCAGCUAUGAUGUGUAUCAGAAGGUGGUUGAGAUGGAUAUGCUGGAGGCCGGGUUUGAUGUUGACUGGACGGAGAUAGCUGUACCUUCGUUGGACAGCGAGUGGGACGGUGUCAGAAGGAAGUACUGGGUUGUCGAUAACUACAGACUGCCGAUGUGUACAUACUUGGAUUAG